AGGACAGAGGAAAGGCCGGCUUUGCAGCGAUCACCAUGGCGUGGCCGUGCAUCACGCGGGCCUGCUGCAUCGCGCGCUUCUGGAACCAGCUGGACAAGGCGGACAUCGCCGUGCCCCUGGUUUUCACCAAGUACUCGGAGGCCACCGAGCACCCUGGAGCCCCGACGCAGCCGCCAGCGCCGCAGCCGCUGCAGGCACCGCCGGCUCACGCGCCCCUCUCGGCGCGCGCGGUCGCCAUAGAGACGCAGCCGGCCCAGGGCGAGGCGGAUGCAGUUGCCCGGGCAACCGGGCCGGCGCCCGGGCCCAGCGCCGAGCGCGAGGCGGCGGGCGCCCACGGCCGAAGUGGGCAGGGCCUGGGCGCGGGCUCCGGCUCCACCUCCGGCGCCGGCCCCGCGGACUCGGUGAUGCGCCAGGACUACCGCGCCUGGAAGGUGCAGCGGCCGGAGCCCAGCUGCAGGCCGCGCAGCGAGUACCAGCCCUCGGACGCGCCCUUCGAGCGCGAGACCCAGUACCAGAAGGACUUCCGCGCCUGGCCGCUGCCGCGCCGCGGGGACCACCCCUGGAUCCCCAAGCCCAUGCAGGUGCCCACGCCCUCCCCGGCCUCGGCUCCGAUGCUCGGCGCGUCCAGACGCCGGCCGCCCAGCCAGGAGCGCUGGGCGGCGCAUGCCUCUGCCGAGGCCCACGAGCUCGAGGCGGCCUACGGGGGGUCGGCGGGCCCCGCCGCGGGAAAGCCUUCCGGAGGGGACGAGGUGCGCGACACUCGCAGGAAGGCGGGGCCCGCUUGGAUGUUGCGACGCGCGGAGGGACUGGGGCCGGAGCAGACGCCGCUGCCUGCAGCCGAGGCCCAGGCCCUGGCUGAGGCCCAGGCCCAGGACCAGGGCCCCGGCCCGGUCCAGGCCCUGCCAGCGAUGUCCGAGGCCAGCAAGGGGCGCGAGGCUGCGGACGCCCUCAACAGGCAGAUCCGUCGGGAGGUGGCGAGCGCGGCCGGCAGCUCCUACAGGAAUGAAUUCAGAGCAUGGACGGAUAUCAAGCCUGUGAAAGCAAUAAAAGCCAGGUCCCAGUACAGGCCUCCGGAUGAUAAGAUGGCACAUGAGACCAGCUACAGUGCCCAAUUCAAGGGCGAGGCCAAUAAGCCAACACCAGCUGACAAUAAGGUCAUCGAUCGCAGAAGAAUACGCAGCCUCUACAGUGAACCUUUCAAGGAACCCCCGAAGGUGGAGAAACCUAGUGUUCAGAGUUCCAAACCAAAAAAGACCUCAGCGAGCCAUAAGCCCCCAAGGAAGGCCAAAGACAAACAGGUGGUGUCGGGCCGGGCCGCCAAGAAAAAGAGCGCAGAGGCCCCCAGUGCCGCCCAACCCGACGACAAGGAGCAAAGUAAAGAGAUGAACAAUAAACUGGCUGAGGCGAAAGAGAGCCAGGUGGAACCCACCAAGGAUUCAAGUAAGAAUCAAGGUCUUAUAACCACAGAGCCAGACAAGGAUCAAGGGCCUGUGGGUCUUGGGCCUCUGAAAGAUCAAGGUCCUGUGAGCCAAGAGCCUCCAAAGGAUCAAGGCCCCUCGAUCCCAGGGCCUCUGAAGGAUCAAGCUCCGAUGGUCCCAGGGCCUCUGAAGGAUCUAGGGCCUGUGAUCCCAGCACCAGUUAAAGAUCAAGAGCAUGUGGCCCCUGCGCCUUUAAAGAAUGAAGGUUCUGUGAUCUCAGCACCAGUCAAGGACCACGGUUCCUUGGCCCCAGUGCCUCCAAAGAAUCAAAGCCCUACAGUUCCAGCAAGAAUUAAGGAUCAAGUUUCCACUGUACCAGGGCCUCUGAAGGACCACAGUCCUGUGCUCCCAGCAUCUGUCAAGGACCCCUCGGUCCCAGGGCCUCUGAAGGACCACGGUCCUGUGUUCCCAGCAUCCGUCAAGGACCCCUUGGUCCCAGGGCCUCUGAAGGACCACGGUCCUGUGCUCCCAGCAUCCAUCAAGGACCCCUCGGUCCCAGGGCCUCUGAAGGACCAAAGGGCCAUGAUCAUCGCGCCUGUGAAGAAUGAAGGCCCUGUGCUCACUGAGCCUGUGGAGAGUCAAGGUGAAGCCCCAGAGCAUCUAAAGGCUGCUAUAAAGAAUGAAGGCCCUGUGAUCCCAGCACUAGUCAAACAUCAAAGUCCCAUGGUCCCAGAACCUCCGAGGAAUCAAGGCCCUGUGGCCCCAGAGCCUCCGAGGAAUCAAGUUCCCGUAAUCCCGGUGCCUGUGAAAGGCCAUGAUCCUCUGGUGCCACCAGCAGCAAAGGACGAAGGUCCUGUGGUCCCCGAACCUCUGAAGACUCAAGGUCCCAAGGGUCCUCAGCUGCCUACGGUCUCACCCUCACCCCCAGUCAUGAUCCCAACUGCCCCCCAAGCAGAAUAUAUUGAGGCUUCCCCUUGAUGCUCUCCCCUUGACAUGCCGAGAAAGGAGCCGGCAGUGAAAGUGCCCCCUCCCGGGGCAGUGAAGACACAUAUUUAAUUUGCAUGAAACAUGUACCGUAUAGUCUUGCUGGCAUCUAAUAAAACUGGUCCCUCUGGCUCAGCAAUGU